AUGUCGCUCAUGCUAUCCGACAACCUUUCACCCCAGCCCGCCACGGACAUUUUCACAAGCGACACAUGCAUUGACCGUCGAAAGUGCCACCGGACAGUGCCCAUGAAGGUGUUGGCUCUGGGUGUUGGUCGUACAGGUACUGCUUCUCUGCGCAAGGCCUUGGAGCGUCUAGGCUAUGUCAAGUGCUACCACAUGAUGUGCGCCAGUGUCGAGAACCCUCCUGAUUGUCUGAUGUGGCACGAUGCCCUCAAUGCCAAGUACAAGGGCAUUGGCGAAUUUGGUCGCAAGGAAUGGGAUCAGCUCCUGGGUGACUGCCAGGCCGUCUGCGACUGGCCGGCGUGCGCCUUUGCCAAAGAACUCAUCGAGGCCUAUCCCAACGCCAAGGUCAUUCUGACCACCCGCGAUGUCGACCCCUGGCACGCCUCCGUCAUGAAGACCGUUCACUGGCGAGUGAGCGACCCCGAGCACAAGCUGGUCUCCAACUUCAGCUGGGCGGCGGGCAUGUACUAUCCCAUGCUGAACACCUUCUUUGAAACCUUCUUCCGCGGGGAUUUCCCCGGCAAGGGCAAACAAGUCUACAAUGAGCAUGUGGAAUUGGUCCGCAGCUUGGUGCCCGCCGAUCGUCUUUUGGAAUACAACAUCAACGACGGAUGGGCUCCCCUGUGCGAGUUCCUCGAGGAGGAGCUUCCCGACACACCCUUUCCCCGUGGCAACGACAUGGCCGACUUUUACAAGCGCUGCAGUACCCGCAACCGUCAUCAGAUGAUGAAUGCUGCCUUGCAAGCUGUUACCAUGGCCGGUGCCGUUGUCGCCACUGGCUUCGCCGCUACCAUGGUCUUUAAGCGAUUCGUUCGGUAA